AUGGAUAAAAGAUUAAAGAGAUUUGAUGUAUUUAGAUUAUCAAGAAAUUAAUAAUCAUAAAGAAGAUUGGAUUCAACAAGAAAAUUAGAUGAUAGAAGUUUUUUAUAAUUAAAAUAAUAUAAGCAUGAAUUCAUAAGAACUCCUUCUAAUUCUAAUACUUGUUAAACUCAAAUGAAAAAAUUAAGGCUAAAACACAAACCUUAAAUCAAUCAAAACUAAAUCUUAUCAUAUUCACUAUCAAUUUAAAAUAUUGAAUAAUUACCAAAUAGAUCACUGGAUCCAAAAGUAAUUAAAUUGAUUAUUCCAAAUCAUAAAAAGAAUACUUAAUCUCAAAAAGAAGGAAUAACAACUACCAGAAAUUAUUACAACAAUUAUUUCGCCCAUCAUGAUCAAAGUGAAAAUAGGGUAAAAUUAAUAAUAAUUUUUAUAGACAUCCUUUCCUACUAUCAAAUUCAAAAAUAAGAUUGUCAAAUCAUAAUUCGAGGCUAAUUUGUAGUUCUAUAAAAAAUAACAGAGCAUCCCUAUUUAAGUGAAGUUAGCCAAUCAAGAUGAUAUUAAAAGGGAAUUUGAAUCAAUAAGAAAUAGAUAUGGCAAAAGCAGAACAGAACUUGAAAAUUAUGCUGAUCAAAAUUAACCAUUUCUUAAAACCUCGAAGUCAAAGUUUCAUCUAUCCCAAAACAAACACUAAAAUUAGAAACAACUUAAUAUAAAUAACAACUCAGUUGAGUAAGAUAAUAUUAUAAAAUUUAGAUCUCAAACAAACUUAGAUCUUGAUUAUCUGGAAGACUUUUAGAAAUAUGACAAAAAGAAUUUGAAUCAACUUAGAGAUGAAGUCAUUCAAAACUCUUGA